AAGAAAGGGGUCUCAUAAAACCCAAUUCUUGGAUAACCCCAUCAUCCUUUUUUUUCUUUUUUCUUUUCACAUCAAUCCCACCUCUAUCCCUUCUCUCUGCUUCCAUGUCUAGCGGAACAGUCCGUCUGGUGAAGAAAUUGAAGAAAUUCGCUGACUUUCACUACAAGGUUUUCACUAGACGAUAUGGGCAGCAAGUCAUUGACAUCCUCGACCUUCCUCUUAAGGUGGUUUUAUCCCCUUUCACCCUUGUUUUCGACAUUGCCGGCUCAGCCCCUCGUGGCUUUGGUGUCCCCGAGCUAAUUUCCAAGCUCUCAUAUGCUUCAAUCUUUGCUAUUGCUACAUUUGGGACUUAUGAUAUUGCGCUAGACCUAGGAAGGAAAGUUAUAUGUCAAAGGCAGUGUCAAACCUGCAAUGGAUGGCAAGCCAUGCGGUGUACUAAGUGCAGAGGGUCAGGGAUGGUGAACUACCAAGUGAAGAACUAUGUGUUGAGAAGUGGAGAGAAGCCAACACCAGAAAGUAUUGCAGAUGCCAUUGUAGAGAAUCGGGCUGAGUUGAUUCACCUUCCUUCCAGUUUGGAUCUUCAUACACCAUUGCCAUCCAAAGAUUGCCCAACAUGUGAUGGAACAGGAGUGAUGUGCUGCCCUGAAUGCAAGAAUAAAUUGCCACUGAGAAUCUCAGCAGACGAUAUCAUGGAACCACCUUGGAAAGCGUAUAAUGUUAUGAAAAAGAUGGAAUAUCCAUAUGAGCAUUUAGCUCAUAGUAUGAAGGACCCCAGCAUUGCCGCAUUUUGGUUACUUACUUUCCCUCAAAUUGUUGGUGGAUUCAACUUUGAUGAAGAUGUCAAGCAAAAGAUUUGGUGGCAGUACAAGGAAUCCAUGCGAUAUGAUCAACUCAGAGAUGCUGUUGCUGAGCGGAAACCUGGAUGGGAGUACUUACAAAAAGCCUUAAUUUCCCUAGACCCUGUUCGAGCCAGGGAUGAUCCUGUGGUCGUGAAAAACAUUCCUUACUUUAAGGCCAAGAAAGCACUUGAGGCAGAAGUGAUAAAGCUUGAUCCUCCACCACGGCCGCAAAAUUGGGGUGAGUUGGACCUUCCACUCAAUUCAUCUUCUUGGAGUCAGGAUGAUCUUAAAGACCCAGGAAAAUUUAAUGAAAUGACUGUACUUCUAAAUGCCCAAAGAGAAAUUGCUGAUAAAAUCUUGGAUGCACAGUGGGAAACAAAAUGGCGGCAGGAAAAGUUGAAUGAGUUGUUGGAGGAAAAGCUGCGGCCUUACGUUACAAGUGCAAACAGUCAUGUCCUUACAGCGCCAAUUGUGUUGAAGUCAAAGGACCCGGAACAGAAGAGAAACCGACGGCGAUGGUUUUGGUUCUUUUGACACCAUCAAAGAGCAUCUUGGGCAUUCUAAGCUAGUUCUGAAACACAAGAUCCUUGGUGACAUUCCUUCAUAUGGUACCUUGCCUCUUUUCUUCGAGUUAUACUUUGUUAUUUAAAGCUGCUGCAAACUGCACUUGGCACUUGCCGUACUGUGUCAAUGUCCCUGCCACAGCCCCCACCCGGAAAAUAAGAAAUGAAGAUGCAAGAAAGUUAGAAGAGAAGAAACUGGUGCUUAGGAUUGCCCAUUAGAACCUCUCCUUUUUGAUCACUUUAAGUACUGUAUUUGUCAAAUUCUUGCUGUUCUAUGAGUACUUUCAAUAUGCUAUAUGGCUAAAUCAUAUUUCAUUGUCAAAAUGGAUUAAUCCCUUUCUACUUGGCAUCACCCAAAUUUUAAAAAUAUAGCAAAAUAUUAUAAUCUA